AAUUAAACCUACGCCCACCCACACAUUUCAAUUUCAUCUCAUUCACACACACAGCCGUGGAGAUUUAUCGCCGCUCCGCUGUUGCGCCGAUCGGCUUAGCCUCUCCUCACUGCCGCUAGCUUCUCUUCACCGCCGCCAAUCUGUUAGCCUCUCCUCUCCUCACCGCCGCUGCCGUGCCGAUCGACUCACCGAGUCACCGUUAUCUUCGUCUCUUCGAUUCAUUGACCUCUUCGACAAUCUUCGCAUCCUCAAUCACCGCUGGUGUGGUGCAUAUUCGCAAAUGUCUAAGGCAGCUGUAGAUGUUCCAAUGAAGGGUGGGUUUAGCUUCGACCUUUGUAGAAGGAAUGAAAUGCUCAUAAAGAAAGGCCUUCAAUCUCCGUCUUUUCUCAAGACCGGCACUACUAUCGUCGGACUCAUUUUCCAGGAUGGGGUCAUCCUUGGAGCGGAUACAAGAGCUACCGAAGGGCCCAUUGUUGCUGAUAAGAAUUGUGAGAAAAUCCACUUUAUGGCACCUAACAUUUAUUGCUGUGGAGCAGGGACUGCUGCUGAUACAGAGGCUGUGACAGACAUGAUCAGUUCCCAGUUGCAGCUACACAGGUAUCAUAUUGGUCGGGAAUCAAGGGUUGUGACAGCCCUUACCCUUUUGAAGUCUCAUCUUUUUAGCUACCAAGGUCAUGUCUCAGCUGCUUUGGUGCUUGGUGGAGUUGAUGUGACUGGACCACAUUUGCACACUAUCUACCCACAUGGAUCAACUGACACUCUGCCAUUUGCUACUAUGGGUUCUGGUUCCCUUGCUGCAAUGUCUGUUUUUGAAUCAAAAUACCGUGAAGGGCUAACUAGGGAUGAAGGAGUGAAGUUGGUGACCGAGGCUAUUUGCUCUGGCAUAUUCAAUGACUUGGGAAGUGGAAGCAAUGUUGAUGUUUGCGUAAUAACCAAGGGGCAAACAGAGUACCUGAGAAACCACCAGUUGCCCAAUCCUCGCACUUACAUCAACGAAAGAGGCUAUUCAUUCCCAAAGAAGACUGAGGUUCUGUUGACAAGGAUUACACCGUUGAAACAGAUGGUGGAGGUAACUGAAGCAGGAGAUGCGAUGGAAGAAUGAGUUACUGUGGUUGAACCAUGCUCGGUAUUUUGUAUUGAAUUCUUGCCAUUUAUGACACUGUUUACUCUCAUAUUGUAUCAGGUGUGACAUUAAAAAUUUAAAACUAAGUUGUUUCCUUUCUGCAAUUAACAUUUGUUUAGUUCCUUCAUUAUGUCAUAUGCUAUCUUUGUGGUGGUAUGGAAUCUCAUAUGAAGAUUUAGGAGUGGCAAUUUCUGAGAAGGAUCAUUUUGAGCCA